CUAUCAGGCCAGCGCCUGUGGCCUCCGACUGUUUGCGCUGUGACGUCGCCGGCUCGUAUUGUUCUCGUGACAAGUACUUGCGCUGGUACCAUAUGUUACAAAUAUUCGUUUAUUCAGCUGUACGUCAUAUAUACCUUCAUGUGUUUCUUUAACGCGGUUGAUGCAGAUUUGCUUAUUUUUCCUAUAAUACGCAAUCAUAACACUUACUAGCUUCACUAUGAUGGCGUAUUUGUACAAGUGUGAAAUUAGCCAUUGAUAACGUUCUUUGCGAUAUGUUGCCGAGCCUAGUAUAGUGAAGUUUAUUAGUUAAAGUGAAUUAUGACGUGAUGUGUGAAAAGUGAAUUUAGACGUGUACACAAGUUAAGUAACUACUGUAAACAUGGAUCGGUUUCGGCAGAAGGUGAAAAAAGAUAAGCCAAAAUAUACGGACAAAGAAAAACCACCUUUAUUUAUAACGGACGUAAAGACUAUAAGAGAGAACCUUAAAAUCAAGGAGAUUUUGAGAACUGUGAAAAUGAAUAGCAGUAUGCGUGUUAAGGCGCCACGCGGUAGUAAAGUUAUGCAAAACAAGGAUUUUAAUGACAAUGACGAAUUUGAUGAUUCGUCUGGUGAGCCGCACCAAUCGGACUCUGCUAGUGCGACGAACUCUGUUUUGGCUGAGAACAGUGACAUUGUGGAAGUGAAAAAUGAUGACUGCGUGAGUAAAAACAAAAACGUAACAACUGAUAACAACAAUAGUGUUUUGAUGGAUUGUGCUGUAAUGACUACCGCCAGUGGUAUUAUACAGGAAGAAAAUAUGCCCUCGACCAAUGGGGACAAUGAGAAAUCUGCAUCAAUUUCAUCGAUACCCGAAAUUAAAACUACUUUAAUAGAUGACCCUCCACGAAUAAUAUCUCGAGAUAGAAAACUGUCUUUAGACCAGGCGAUGUGGUCGAGACGGCAAAGUUUAUCGCAGUCAGAGAUAGACCUACAUUCUAUAGGCAAAUCUCCUUUAGAGAGGAAAUCGUCAUUUUUCAGAAAGAAAAUGGAUAGUUUUUUUAAAAAUACAACAGAAAUAUUUAAGAAACAUUCGGUCAGUAGGAGUAAAUCGGAACUGGUGCGCAGAGGCUCGAUGUCACAAUCGUUGCAGUCACUGAAUGAGAAAACUAUUCUAGACAAUGAUAAUAUCACGGAAUGCAUUAAUCAGGGUAGCACCAUAAGCUUGCAAUCCUCCACUGCGGGCCAAAGCACAUCAAGCCUAGUAACCAGUCAGGCAAGCUUGGUCGCAAGUCAAGAGGAAAGACUUAGUCCUGUACCGGGAGACCAGGAGAGCCAGACGACCGAGGAAAUGCUGAGUGGAAGCGCCAACAGCUUGAACGACGCUUACCUAGCCCAAGGUCUGCUGAGCAGCCGAGCGAUCUCCAUGAGCUCCGGGCUGGACACGGCUGUCAAACGACGCAAGCGCAAGACCUCCUUGGCUAAUAGAGUGACAUGGCUGGCUAGUGAGACAAUGACCAAUUACCUCAAGAGGGUGAUUCCCGAUGACAAGGAGAUGCCGACCUGUCACUCGUAUCAAGACCUCUCCAGCAUUCCAGAGAACAAAUACGGAUCAAAAACAGACAGCAAAGGUCGAAGGCUGUCGUACCAACGCGCUGUGUCCGGAGAGGACCCGGUGCCGCCUACGAGAUACUCCGAUUCAAGCUUCAGACGAAGGCACGGCAUACCUGAGAAUCCAGAGUCUGACAGUGAGCUGACGAACAUUUUGGCGGAGUACUCUGACAAAGGGGUGCCGACCCUAAAGUGGUUCCAGCUGGCGGACAUCGUCCACGACGCCAUGACCUGGAUCCAGGUGGCGGAGAAGCCGGAGAACCUUGAGGAUAUCUACGAACUCAAGAAGCUUCCCCCGAACGAUGAGGCACGGCAGGCGGUCGUCAGGGAGCUGGUCGUCACGGAGGCUCAGUACAUUCGGCAUCUCAUGGCCAUCGUAGAGGUGUUCAUAGCGGCUGCGCACGCGCUCCAAGACGCCGGAAAGCUGCUGGACAUCGACACUGGCCAGUUGUUCUCAAACAUUCCUGAUGUGCUCAAUGCCAGCCUCUACUUCUGGGAGGCCACCAUCUAUCCGAUGCUGAUUGACGCUACAAAGAAAAAAAUGCCAUUCAACACAGAGCAGAUGUCUCAAGGCUUUUGCCGCUUCCGCGAGCUGUUCAAUCCAUACGAGAAAUAUGUUAUCGAGCAAACCAAGGUUUUGGACUACCUUCGCUCACUCUCCAACAACACUGAGUUUAUGAUCUACCUGACCUGGUGUCAUGCUCAUAAAACAUGCAAACGGCUGCAACUUUCGGACAUCUUAGUGAAGCCUAUGCAGCGCCUGACGAAAUACAGCUUGAUCCUGCGCAGGAUUAUCGCACAUACGGACUACGAGCCCGAACGCACGUCGCUUAUGGCUAUGGAGUCGUUCGCAAAGAAUUACGUCUUGGACAUCAACCGCUCUAUUCGUCAAAAAGAAGAGCUUGAAAAACUGGACGCUCUCGCCAAUUCCAUCGAUCCCUAUGAAAUUGAAUUCAAAGAUGACGAAAUUGACAAAUACUUCCGCAUGUACGCUCAGUUGCACUUGAAGGCGCCGAUGUUGUACUGUGUGCCCACCCACAGCCGUUCCCUCAUCUUCCAGGGAGAUUUGCGCUUCAAGGAUAAUAUUAAUCCCAAGGAGAUUGAAGUACACGUGGUUCUGCUGACAGACAUGAUACUGAUUUGCAAAAAGCAAUCCAAGGGUCUACCAUUGAGGUUGAUAAGGCCUAAAUACAUGAUCGACAAGAUUUUCCACUUCCCCCGUUGGCAUCGCAACUUGAAGGACGUGGUGGCUAUCGUCUUCAUCGUGGUGGAUGACGUCGGCUCGGCCACCUUCGGUUUCUGCGUCACUGAGUCCACCAGCAGCAAGCCCGUAGACCCCAACAUACCACCGGCGCCACUUCGACUGUGGGAGCAGAAGGUCAGGGAGGCCAGGCUGUCGUACGACCUGGGAGUGUGGUUCGCCAGGAACCCGUCCCGGGACCUGUCCGAGGUGGAAGUGGACUCCUCGGCAGAGUAUGCCGUCAGUGCUGGCAGCGGCCCCAAACCAACGUCUGACGAUAUCAACAUAGAACGCGAAGCCCGCGAACGCGUGGCAGCCAUGUUGCACCGCAGUAUGGGAGCCUCCACCGACUACGAUCUCUCCCAGGCGUCGCUCACAACCGACUCCUUUGAUUGUGCAAGUGGGCCCAAAACAUCCGGCGCGCACAGCCUGCGCCACCCCAUGCAGCGGAACUCCACCGGUGGUAGCUCCAGAAACUCGCGGCUGUCCAGCUUCCAGCAGUCCACCAGUGCUGCAUCUCACGAUGAGCCCGGUCAGCCCGGGGCCGUCCGCGCUCCGGCCAACUACAAGGCUCCUAGCACUGAGCAGGUGGUACCACAAAUCACCCAGGAGGAAGUGGUUAACAUUACCGUGAACGUGGUUAGUGAGAGCGAGUCCGAGACCAUCGUGCCCGCUCAACAGCCCGCUUCGUCGUCUCCAAGCAAGCUGACGCCGCGCCUGUCUCCGCACGGGUGCCCGCACGGCUCAACGCACGGCUCUGCGCACGGCUCGCCGCACGGCUCUGGGCUCAACCCGGCGUCAGCCUCGGAGAAGUUGUACCAGUCUCACCAGGAGCUGCUUCACCGCAACCGUCUCUCGGCCCAGCACCAUCAGUUCCUGACUCCGGACCACCGCGGCACGAGCUAUCCUCCGCCAAGCCCGACCAGGGGAUCUCUUAAACGGGGUCUGGCAUUCUCAUACUCGUUUAAAAAUCCUCCACUGUCGAAAAUGGGCCACGUGAACAGCCAGACUCAAGCCGAAGCUGGCCCCUCCUCCAACCAACAAUCUCCUGCUCGGUCACCCAGCCCAAUGGCCUCGACAUCUCCUGUAGCCGGCCCGAGCACAGAGAAGACGGACAAAAUUGAGAAAUCCGAAAAAAGUGACAAGAAGAAGCACUUCAGCAGCAGGAACAAGAGUGGCGGUUCGCGCAGCCCCAAUCGAAAGGACAAAGAAAACAAGGGUGAAAAGGAUGAUGAUAAGGGAAACAAAGGGGCAAAAGAAGACAAAAAGGAUAAAAAAGAAAAGGGAGAUAAAGGCGGCAAGAAUGAUAAAGAUGACAAGAAAGAGAAGGCCGAUAAAGGAGGAAAGAAUAAGGAAGAGAAAAAAGACAAAGGGGACAAGUCAGACAGUCGGGACAAUGAUGACUGACGACAGCGACGAUCGCGGGCAUGAACCUUAUCCAGACGAAGGGUAAAUCUACGAAGGCUUUAUCUAUGGUGCUUCUAGUUUGGAUCAGCCUUACCCCGCGGGCCAAAAAUUUAAAAUAUUUUGGUGUACAAGUAUAUUUACGGCGAUCCAGACAAGAUUUGUGAUGAACUGUGGACGAUGUAUUAUGAGUGGUGCAAUAUUCAACAUGUUGAUGUUUAGACAUUUUAAUUGUUAUUUCAAAUACUUACCUAUUUAGAUUUUAUGCAGAUCAACAGUACCUAGAAACGAUAACAAAUAUUAAAAUAUAUAUUUACAGCGUGCAUUAAAAAACUCAAUUCGAUUGAUGUUCAAAAACAAUUUAACGUUGCUAAUUAAAAAUAUAUUGUUAGUGUUUCGUAAAGUAUUGAUAAAGAGUUAGUUAUUUUCAAACUAUCAAUAGUUUGAAACCGCUCACACAUGUUUUCAAUAGAUAUGUUACUAUGUGUUAGAUGAAUCGAAAUUUAUUACGAAUAGAAUUAAGUAGGUACUAAUCAAAAUAAAUGUUUGACAUUAUGGCAACUCUAAGUAGACUUCUGAAAAGUAGAUACUGCUUUAAUUUCUAAGGAGCUCAGAGCUGCAAUUGUUUAGGUAUAAAGUACUGAAUCGUGAUGGAAUGCCUUCGCACGGAAUCUGUUAGUUUCUAUUCUAUAUCUAGCGGUCUACUGCAAGCCUUUUAUACCAAAGUUUCUAGAGUUGUAAUGAAUAAGUUUUAGAUAUAUAAUGUAGUUAUUGGAUCGAUGUUUAAGUAGAUAUGUAGUUUACUGAAAGUCAUUUGAAUUAUUAAUUUGAAAUAGACAAUUAUUAAUGUAUACCUAAUUGUUAGAUCAUAUUUGUAAUAUCAACUGCAUCCUGUCCCUUGUAAUUUGACUUCCCUUGCAACUCAAAGAGUCCCAGUUUUAAUAAAAGAUAUUUGAAAAGGUAUGAAAUGGUCUAUCUAUUUUAUACCUUUCCAAAUGCAUGUAUCCAAAUGGAUAUUUUUAGUUGAUGCCGAUACUAUAAACAUAUCCUAAAACCAGUUUAUACAAUUCUAUGUAAGUAAACUUGUUCAAGAUAAUUAUUAUAUGAAUUCUUCUAAAUAAGAACUGUAUAUUUGAUAUUUGUGGUGAUAUACACUAUAUAUACACUCACUUUUGCCACUAGAUAUAUCCCGUCUACUGUUGAUUUAUCUUGGAGACAUAAAAGUUAGUGACUGGCGAUUUUUCUUAGAAAGAAAAAUAAAAUAUUUUCGCAGAGUAUACCUACGAUAAAUAUAGGUAAAUGAAUUAGACUAGGUAGCUAAGUAACAUAAGACGCAAUUCAUCGUCAAUAUUUUACGAUAAAUUACUUAUUAUAUUGAACAUUGAAUUGAAUAUUUAUGUUAAUUUCUAUUUACGAUUAGGGUAUUUUAAUGCCCAUAGCACUAUUUAAUAAUGAAGGCUGAAAAGCCGUAAACUUGCUUUAGCUCAAAAUAGAAGAAUAGCGAUUUAUGAUAUUAUGUAAGGCGUGUGGUUCCCGCCUUAGAAUAGGACCUCUCCAUAUCCUCCUGUGGAUGUCGUACGACUAAAGGAUAAGUAGUCUAAACAACUGAUAGACAACAACAGCAUACCCAAAGAGGGUUGAUGUCAGGCAGGCGGCCGGUCGUAAAAUCUUCGCCAAAUCUUCAAGAAUGACUGGUUAAUUUUUACGCGGGUCCUGGGCUUUUGAAGACCGGGCACACGUGAGAUUGAGAGAGAGUAAAAUAUGUAGCGAUUUUUGAUAAAAACCGAACUGAUAAGUAGGAGGUACUCUCGGCGUAGCUUUGAGCAUGCGAUUGAUCGGAAUAAGCGGGACUAGUUAGCAGAGACAAAUGUCGGUUGCAUAUGUGACAGGCAAACUUUGAAAUCUCGUAACUACUUAUAACAUUUAAGUAUUUAAACUCUGUUUUUUCUCACAAGUUUUGAGGUACAUAAACCAAGCCGUGUAAACAGUUUUAUUUUUAUUUUAAAUCAAUAUUUAUUAAAAUAGGCUUUUUAGAAAAUUCCGUAGGUAUUUACUUUACAUCAGAAGAUAGGUAUUUAUAUUUAUAUUUCAGAUGAUAGAUAUUUAUAUUUGUAUUACUUACUACUAUAUAGAUACUAAGUACUUAAUAUUUGAUUCCUUUAAGAGAAUAAGAACUGUGAAUGUUGUUUACAUGUUAGGACUCGUAAGAAAAAAAUAAAUGUACCUACAG